ACCGUCAAUCGUUCCUUUACCGCGUGCGUCCGUCUCUAUAUACUGGGUUGGUUGAAUUCGAAGAAUUUACAUAUCUGUUGUCGGCGUUCCUUGAAAAUGGGCAAAAAAGUGAGAGAAUAUAAGUCAGGAGACUUUAUCUUUGCCAAAGUAAAAGGGUACCCAGCAUGGCCAGCUAGGGUACAAAAAUUGAAUGGAAAGAAAUACUUUGUUUAUUUCUAUGGCACUGGAGAAACAGCCAAUUUGCCUCCGAAUAUGAUAUUUGACUAUGCAGAGAAUAAAGACAAAUUUUUAACUAAAACUGUGAAACGCAGAGAUUUUAAUGAUGGUGUGAAACAAAUUGAACAUGACUUCGCUAAUAAUGUGCCACUGGAGCAAGUGAUUGGAACAAUUGCUGAGCAAUCUGCUGAUUCUGCAAAUGACACUAUGAAUGAUACCAUGGAUGAAUCCAUUGCUGAUACUACAGCAGUAGAUGAUUCCGUUGAUGAUUCUGCUGGCAACACUACACAAAAUGAGACAGGAGUGGAGGAUUCUGAUGAUGCGGGUCCAUUAGUUAUCGACGAAGUGAAGAAAGGCAGAAAGUCUAAUGCAGCCAAAACACCGGCCAAAGAGCCUCCAAAGGGUAAGGAGCCCAAGACUCCUAGGGGUAAAGGCAAGAAGGAAGAAGCUGAAAAGGAUGAAGAAGCAAAGAAGGAAGAAGAAAUUGUCAGCAGGAGUGGCAGGAAAAUACGUCCUAAAAGGUACAUAGAUGAACAAACUGAAGAAAAUGCAACUUUACCAUCGCCCGUUCAGAAGAAACGUCGCGCAGGCUCCCCCGUUGCAGAGAAAGAAAAGGACAGUGAUAAAGUGAAAGAGAAGACCGAACCCGUAAAAGAAAAGCCGACAUCUAAACUAUACAACGCUGUCACACAGUCUGAACUCGAAGAUCUAAAGGAGCCAUUCAAACAAGAAGACGCAGAGAAAGAAAACAUAUUGAUAACAUAUCUACCGUCGGGCCAGUACGUGGGCGUGAAACUGUUCCAAUCUAGACCGAACUCGUUCAAGAACGAGGCCGCUAGACUGGCAUGGGACAAACAGGCGGCCGCUAACUCCGUCACGAUCAAACUGCAGCUAGAAAGAGGUCAAAUCACCCCCCAAUCUGUGCUCGCACAGUUAGUUAUGGAUCUGAAUCUCACCGAUGAAGAGAAGGCUUCGUUGGAUAAGGAAAGAGAAACUGAGGAGAAGAAGUCCCGCGUUCAGUUUUUGAAGACUGAAAUGAAGCUUAUAGAGUUGGACGCCAAGAUCAAGACUUGCCUCUGCUUAGAGAAGGCGGACACCGACCUGUGUUUGAAACUUUUGGACGAACUCGCUGGUAGUUGCAGGGGCUCAGGCGUUCCUUAUGAAUGGUCAAGAAGAAUGACUUUACGCCACCGAGCUACUCGUAUAUAUUAAUCACCAUCGGUAUAAAUAAAUGAAAUAUGUUCGACAGAAUUGGACGUGAAACCUCUAAUGCUAUUGAAGCAUCCAUCGUGUUUGGAGACAGUGAAGCGUAUGCGCGCGUACGUCGGCAACACUCCGUCCUGGGAUCUGUCUGAAGAGGCCGCAAUACAGUUCAGUAAACAAGCUCACAAGAUAAGGAAACAGGCAGACUCGCUCUACACACAUAUGAAGACAUUAUUUACAACACCAGAGGGUCUUUCAUUUUGGGAGUUCUUUUCUGAGCGUGUGCUGCAAUUCAAGAAAGUCACAGCCGCGCUUACCGCAGAUGAAUUACUGGAGCUAGUUCACGAACCACUUGAGUUGUCGAUGCCAACGGCCCACACGAUGAAGGCAGCAGUAGAAGCAGCCAAUGAACAGGAACCGCCAGAGAACGAAGCAAAAGAUAAAAAGAAAAGCACUCCUGUAAAAGCAAAAAAAGCUACCAAUAACACCCCUUCCAAACCAGCUGUAAAGAGGCAAUCAUCUAGAAAUAAGCAGCAAGAAGAGAAAGAGACUAAAAAGAAUGACAC